AUGCACAUUUUUUUGUCCGUCCCUACUUUUCCCCUUGCAACACGGAAAAACCUUGCAAGGUGGCAACAGGUCCUACACUUCUUCGUUUCCUUUGAGCAGCAGAAAAGGAUGGGUUCUCUCACGCAAGCCUUUGUCGAUGAUCUUACGUACCCAAUCGCUCGACGUGACAAUUCCGUUGCAGAUAACUAUCACGGCGUCCUUGUUCCGGACCCUUAUCGAUGGCUUGAAGACCCUGAUUCAGAUGAGACCAAGGAAUUCGUGGAGAAGCAAGUAGAACUAACUGAUUCAAUGCUCAAGAAAUGUGAUGUUAGAGAGAAGCUGGGGGAUAAACUUACCAAAUUGUAUGAUUUUCCCAAGUACGAGGUUCCAUUUAUAGCCGGAGACAAGUAUUUUUACUUCUACAAUAGCGGGCUUCAACCACAGAAAGUCCUUUUUGUUCAGGAUACUCCGGAUGGGAAAGCAGAAAUUUUGCUUGAUCCUAAUACAUUUAGCGAUGAUGGAACAGUUGCAUUGAGUGUUUGCACUAUUAGCGAAGAUGCCAAGUACUUGGCGUAUGGCAUUAGCUCGAGUGGAAGUGAUUGGGUCACCAUCAAAGUUAUGCGGAUUGAAGAUAAAGAUGCCUUGCCAGAUACUGUUUCUUGGGUUAAGUUCUCUGAUGUUAGUUGGACCCUUGAUAGCAAAGGUUUUUUUUACAGCCGUUACCCAGCCCCCAUUCCUUUCUUGAUGUCCCCGAUUUCCAUUCAACUCUCGCAGCCCAUUAACCCCACACCCCUUGCAGAGUGGAUGUCAAUAAUUUGGAUGCGGGAACAGAGACAAAUGCCAAUUUACACCAUGAACUGUAUUAUCAUUUCUUGGGUACAGAUCAAUGUGAAGAUAUCUUGUGCUGGAAAGAUUUAGAUAACCCAAAACAUUCACGUUCAGCAUUAGUAACCGAAGAUGGGAAGGUAUUGUAUCAUAUUUUUAUUUACACUUAGAUGACUUGUUAAGAAAUCUAGUAACUCAUA